CGAAUGCAACAGCGAAGAAUGACUUCGGUCGAGACGCGGGUGGGGCCGGGCCGGGACUCCUGACCCACCAGAACCCGGUUUCGACCGAUGCAUCGGACAGCGAGAAUGAUCACUACCACCUCGGAAUUCGGUAUUCCUUUCCUGGGAUUAUCGUUGCAAGUAACGGACAACAUAUAGCAACUUCAACCGUUUACUUUCUCGCAAGGCCCUCCGUGCUGAUGUAACUCUGGUAUGGCUUUGGUCUGAGUGGUAGGUGCUGAGGCUGCUGCAUCGGACCCACCAUGUGCGAUCCACAUGGCCAAUCGUCCCUGAUCACUCGAAACUAUUCCGUUUAUAAUGAAGUUUCCACGGACAAGUAUUCAAUCGGCUUUGAGGCUGUUUCGCGAAGAUGUCAUUUCUCCGAGAUACUGUGCACUCAAUUUUUAGAAGCAAGGGCUGAAUGCGAUUUUAGCUCGCGGUCCGGUAUUUUUAGCCACCAUUCCUCAGUCGCGUCUCUUUUUCAGUGUAAAUGGUCCAUUCUGUGGACGGGUUGGUUUUAAAUGUGUCUAAUGUCUCCGUCUAUCGGUUGGUAUGCGACUAAAAUUCUGGAACUCCGCAAGAUAGUAUUACAAUGGACGAUUUGACAGACUUAUGUUCGCUAAAAGGAUCUGUGUCUGCGAACGUCGGCAUUCCGGCGCGUGUGGUCGCUUUUUGAUACCCCAGUAAAUUCGACGCUAUAUAAAACAGGGAAGAACUCACGAUCAACUAGCUGCAGACCAGAAC